UAAGUUAUUCUUUAACAAUUCAAUGUCGACGCACAUCUUCUCCAUUCCCUCACUUUUGACUUUCAACGAUUUCUUUAAUAAUGAGCGAUGACACAUUUGAUAUAAGCCGGUUGCCGUUGUUUUGUUUUCCUUCCAACCUUGAUAGGGACGGCGCUCGUGACCAAAGAAGAUUUCCCAUCUUCUGUAACGGAGUGGACCCUCCGCAGAAGCAUUUUCAUUAUCCUAAGCCGUUGUCGGUUCCAUUUCCGCCGUCGCUCGAGCCCCUGUGUCGCUUCCCUUAUAACUGCAUGUCCCUAUUCGAGCUCUGCGUCGAAUCCCAUCUGCCACUGCAGUUAAAACCAGCCGUUGCUAAAUGUGCAGAAAGGGCACGGCAGUUGAUGCCGUGCGACCCAACAGCCAGAAACCGUUGUCGAGAACGAGAAGAAAAUCAGAAUCCUCGACGGACCAGUCGUCGCGGCCUUCGUCGCUUGCAUCAUCGUCGGCCUUCUUCAGUAACAGUCUCAAUUUUGCCGCUGCUAAUCGCUCUUCCUCAGCCUCUGUCUCCUCCUGCCAGUCUUCGUUAUCAAGGACGAAGCCGGAGCUUCUCCCCUCCCCCUCUAACCUCAAGAAGAACUUCCUGCCCGACAACCCCCACAUCUACGACUUCUCGGAGAUCAGCUCCGCCACGGGCAACUUCCUCUCCGGCUGCCUUUCCUCAUCUUACUCUGCCUGGCGGUGCCGCCUCCGAGACCGUGAUGCUGUGCUGUUGCAGCGCAGGCUCCGGCGUGUGAUCGACACCCCAAAUCUCUGCCGGUUAAUGUCCAGGGUAUGCUCGAGCCACCACAGCAGUGUGAUCAAGCUCCUCGGUGCUUCGGUCUCGGGGAAUCACAUCUACCUCGCCUAUGAUUUUGUUCGUGGAGUUAAUCUGUCGGAUUGCCUCCGGAACCGGAGAAAUCCCGAGUUUACUCUUCUAGCAACAUGGGUUUCUCGUAUGCAGGUCGCUGCCGACAUUGCCCACGGGUUGGACUACAUACACAACUUCACGGGAAUGAGCAAGCGUUCGAGUCCAAAGAAUCCAUGCUCAGGUUUCGUGCACAACCGUAUAAAGAGCUCGAGCAUCAUCCUGGCGGAAGGUUCCUUGAAUGCAAAGAUUUGUCACUUUGGGACGGCUCAAUUGUGCGGAGAGGUUGGAGCAUUUGAUGAAUCGCAACAACAGGUUGACAAGUCGGGUUCCGUGUUGAGGAGGAAUAGCAGCAAUGCCAUGAAGUUCGAGGGUGCAAGGGGGUACAUGUCGCCAGAGUUCCGAGCCCGCGGGGCGGGGACGCAGAAGUCAGAUGUGUAUGCUUUCGGGGUCGUGAUCUUGGAGAUUCUUAGUGGAGAGGAGCCCUUGAAGUUUCUGGGCGAUGAGAGGGCUGGCUACAAUGAUGGGAGCGGCGAAGGGUAUAGGAGCGUGAGUGUGAUAGAGACGGCGAGGGAGGCGGCGGCCAGUGGAAGCGGGGCUGUGAGGAAGUGGGUGGAUAGGAGGCUUAAGGACUCGUUCCCAGUGGAGGUGGCAAAGCAGAUGGUGAGGCUGGGGCUGGACUGCGUGGAGGAGGAUCCGGAUCGCAGGCCCGACAUGGGUCGGGUCACGAGCCGUGUUUCAAAACUUUACUUGGAGUCCGAGGGAUGGGCCGAGAGGUUCGCGUUGCGCGCUAAUCUUUCGGUGUCCAUAGCACCUCGAUGAUGAACAACUAAUGCCGAAGAGACAUUCUUUAAUUAAUGGACUCGAUUCUCAUCAGCAUAUCACACUCCGGGGGGAACUGUCAAGAACCAAGAUGCCAAAGUUUGUGAGCUCCACAUUGGUUAGAUUGGUUCGGAACAUGUACCUUUGUAUAUGCAAUUAGUCUCUCGUCCUGUGCGUUGCAUAUUUAAAUUUUUAUUAUUAAUUUCAAAAUAUAAAUAUAAAUUGAAAUAAUUUGAAGGAAACCUAACAAAAUGACCAUAGAUACAUAUAUAUAUAUAUGCGUAUAAGCCGGAGAUCCACUAUUUAUUAUAGUUAAAUUUACAUGUUCAUUACUUUACAGAUAAAUAUAUGUACAUGAGCUAGAGAUUCAUCUGUUAUUGAAUACAUUUUAUGUAAGUAUUCAUUUGGGCCGAGGCCAUUAGCUCAAAAGAAGAGGCGGAAGAAACUUAGGCGCACAAGAUUUACAUAUAAAAUAUAUUUUAAUUACCGAUAUGAGAAAGAUAUGAUAAUU